CCCCGUGCUCCCAACGUGCAUGUCUUCCGUUCCAAACGGUGCAGACAUCUCUGCUGGUACUCACCCGGAUCUGUCCCUCGGUUCAUUCGUAUCAGGUCCCAGUACACCCGGCAGACCACUCCGUGUCCCGUCAAUUUCAUCACCCGCCCCCAGCAACGGUGAUGGCCCAGACACACCCCUUCCACGCGCACGACGUCCAAGACAAAGCGCACCAGGAGGAAAAGGCGCUGCUUUAUCUCUAAGAGACCAAGAAAAGCACAUCGACUCUCUCAAAAAAGAAAACUUUAACAUCAAACUACGCGUUCAUUUCCUCGAGGAGCGUCUUGCGCAGCUUGCACCUGACCAGAUCGAUGCUGCUCUCAAACAGAACAUCAACCUCAAGAUCGAGGUCCAGCAACGCGGUCUUGAGAUCAAGAAACUGAAGAAACUCGUCUUGGAGCUUGAGCGCGAGUUGGAGCGUCUUCAGCGUGGCUCGACGCGCGACCAUGAUCUGGAGUCGCGGCUGCAUGAACGCGAACGCGACUUGGAGACACAGCUACACGAGCGGGAACGCGAUCUUGAGAUGCAGCUUCAAGAGCGCGAGCACGAGAUCAGGGAGUUGAGGAAGGCCCAGGUUAUCAUUGAGCGCAGUGAGGACGACUCCAUAGAUCCCAGUUAUGCACGGAAAAUCGAGGAUCUGCGUGCUGAGAAUGAGGAACUUCGUCAUGAGCUCGAGCAGCGCGAUCAACUUCUCAUUGCACGCGAGGAGGAGAAUGAGGCACUUGUUGACCAUGCUGAUCGGUUACAACUGGAGGUUGAGGAUUUGCAACGACGGAGAGAAGCGGAAAGCAUUGAGAGGAGCGAGAGUCGGGCUCAAAUACUUGAGGAGAUAGAGGAACGUGAGGCUGUGGAGGACGAUCUCAACUCAAUUCGGGAUAAACUUGCUGCCGCCACUAUCGAGCUACAACAGAAGGAGGACGAAUUGGAGCUCAAGAACAAGGAGAUAGACGAUUUAAUCCAGGAACAUGAUCGCGUCGUUGAUGUCGUCGAGGAGGAGUGGAGGGGUGAAGUCGAAGAGGCCAGGAGUCAGGUUGAAGAACUCAGAGAUAGAGAGGAGGACGCAGUCGAGCGUGAAACACUAGAGGCACUCGCAUCUCGCGCUCAAAUAUCUCACAUAUUGCAACAGAAAGUCUCAGGACUGAAAUCCCAACUCCAAGACAUCCAAGAACUCUAUGACCAAUCUCUUCAAGACAUGCACGCACACCGAGCCCGUCAGGAAGAACUAGCAGGGCACAUCGAAGACCUAGUAACUCAAGUGAAACGCGAACAGGAAGCCCGGGAGAGUCUUGAGCACGAGUUCGACGAUGUCGAGAAGACGCACGAGUCUGAGCUCCGACGCGAACGCCGUGCACUCGAAGACAAAGACUCUGCACUGCGCAGCACCCUCGAUGACCUCACACACACGCAGUCUCUCCUCUCACAACGCCAAGGCGACCUCGAAGCCGUCCAAAAUGUGCUUCGGGAUAUGGAACAACGGUCUAAAGAGCUCGGGGAGACCCAUACGACCGCGCGGUUCUCAUUGCAGCUAGAGGUCGACAGGCUGAAAUGUGAUGUCGACCGUUUAGAGGACGAACUAUCUCAGGGUACGACUCGUGAUCAUGAAGAUCUGAUUCAUAAACUGCAGCUCGAAGUACAACAGCUCACCACACAGCUCAGCACCCAAACUCAAGCGCGUCUCAGUCUCUCAGAGAAGCUUGACAGCGCGCAGAGCAGUCUCAAGACCGCUGAGGCAGAGUCAUUUGGGUAUAGGACGAGAGUGAAUGAGCUGGAGAUGCGGUUGUCUAAAGACCAGCGGACAUUAUUGAGUGCUGAGAAUCAGUAUCGUGAUCAGCUUACAGAGCGAAAUACAUUGCUGCUUACGAUAUAUCAAUACAUGGAUAAGAUCCUCGGCAUGGAUAAGACUCCCGAUCAAGCAGAAACAAAGCCCUCCACCAAUUUCAGCGUCUUUCACAACAACCUCAUCACAUGGCUCAAAGCUUUGUCUCUAAUCCAACUCGACUUCGAAAAGCUCGUCAAAGAUGCAGAAGGGAAAUUUACUGGGCAGCUUGAUGUGCAGUGGAAACAGAUUGAUAAGUUCGAGUCAAGCAUAAAGGUGUAUGGUGAGGCAAAGGCUACAUGGAGACGGAAGUUUACUGCAAAGGAAGGAGAGAUUGAGGGGUUGAAGGCCACCAACGCAGCAUUAACCUCGCAACUAGUGAUAUCCCGACGACCAACCCAAGGCGACUCCCAAGAAACAAAGAUGCACCUUUCCUGCACAGUAAAUGCUGAGAAAUGCCUAGUGGUGAAAUGGGAGGCGAGGGUGAAGGAGUAUGAGACAAGGUUGAAAGCGGGGGAGGAGAAGCAUAAGAGGGAGAGGCAAGGGGCGAAGGAGAGGGAGUUGGAGUUGGAGUUGGAGUUGGAGUUGGAAAAUCAGUCAAGGAGUCUAAAACACCAGAACGAACUCGCUCAAAAAUGGAGUGCGCAACUGGACAAUGUGGCAGAGGCAAAUAAAGGUCCCUCACAGCCACAGUAACGAUACCCUCCUUGCUGUUUGCCGUGUCCACGAUGUUCACCCCUAUGGGUUUUGUAUAACGAAGGUGUACUCUUGCUUUCGUUCGGUUCCUGACGUCAUAAUUUUGUAU